CGUCUCCCGCCAGGAUUCCUGGGGGAGGGCGAUGCCAUCACCAAAGCCAUCCACGACGCGCGGCAGCUGCUGCACGGCCACGGCGCCGCCAUGGAGGGGUCUCUGGGCAGCCCCUACCGCAAGGAGCACGGCGGGGCUGACUGCUCGCCGGUGAAGGAGCGGAUGGACGAGACCCCCGGGCACCGGCUGGACGAGGCUCUGCUGAGCUGCGAGAUGGACGGAUCCCGGCACUUCCCGGAGUCCAGGAACAACAACCACAUCAAGCGGCCCAUGAACGCCUUCAUGGUGUGGGCCAAGGACGAGCGGAGGAAGAUCCUGCAGGCGUUCCCGGACAUGCACAACUCCAGCAUCAGCAAGAUCCUGGGAUCCCGCUGGAAAUCCAUGUCCAACCAGGAGAAGCAGCCGUACUACGAGGAGCAGGCGCGGCUGAGCCGGCAGCACCUGGAGAAGUACCCGGAUUACAAGUACAAGCCGCGGCCCAAGCGCACCUGCAUCGUGGAGGGCAAGCGGCUGCGCGUGGGCGAGUACAAGGCGCUGAUGAGGAACCGGCGCCAGGACGCCAGGCAGGGAUACCUGAUAGGGCCGCAGGGCAGCCAGGUGCCCCCCAGCUCCUCGGAGGUGCUGUACCCGCGGCCCGUGGGCGUCCAGCUGCCCCCGCCCCUGCUGGAGCAUUACCUGCCCCGCGGCGUGGACCCCGCCAUGCCCGUCAUCGUCAACACCCGCAGCCUCAAGGACGGCGACGCCGCUGACGACGGGCACUCGGUGGCCGAGGGCGACGCGUACCGCUACAGCGACGAGGAGGACUCGGAGGGCGACGACAAGAGUGACGGCGAGCUGGUGGUGCUGACGGACUGA